GUGAAUUAACUUCAAAAAUUAGCGCAUUUGUCGUGUAUUUGUAUAUACCUAUUUAUUUUGUGUUUGAUUUUAUUUCUUCUCUAAUAUACAUUCUUUGAUUACUAUUGACUAUCAAAUGUGAUUCGUAAUGUCGUGUACUAAAGAAGAAAUUGAGCGAAAACGCCUUGCCGCAUUACAAAAAAGACAGAAUAAAGUUUUGAUUCCAAAUCAAGGAAAUUCUCCCAGACCUGCGUUUAGUCCAAGUGGUCCAUUGUGUCCGUCGGACAUUGGCCCAAUACGAAAUGGCCAGCAUCAAAAUCGCAAUUUCCAUCCAUAUUCGAAACCAGGAACCAGUUCAAACCAGGUUGAGAAUAAGGUUCCAGUGGGUAAAGUAGUAACUGGUACAGUGUACUUGAUAACUGAAGACAGGUUUGAGGUGAAGCCUUCUGAGUUCUGUGCACCACUUAUCAAUAUUUUCAAGACAAUUUCUUCUAAAAGCUAUGAUUCAAGUUCAAAGCUAUGGAAUUUCUCCAUAAAUGACUACCAUGAGCUGAUGAAAAAAGUGGCUCCACUUUCUCCACACAUAGUUCUGGGAUCCCUUCCAGCCUAUGUUUUGAAGGUUCUUAAUGAGCAGACAGUGGAUCCAAAUAGCAUAGAUCUGUCUCCUAUAGAGGCAACACUGAGGCAUAAACUGAUGCCAUUUCAAGAAGAAGGGGUCCGGUUUGGCAUAUCUCGUCGCGGACGCUGCAUGAUUGCGGACGACAUGGGGCUAGGCAAGACGUUCCAGGCAUUAGCCAUCGCCAGCUACUACCGACACAACUGGCCGUUGCUCAUCGUCACCACUUCUUCUAUGAGAGAGACAUGGCAAAGCAAAAUCCACGAGUUGCUGCCGUCUGUGCCUCUCAUGAACAUCGUCACGCUCAGCUCAGGCAAGGACACGCAGCUGGUGGCCGAAAGACAUACCGAGGUUGUGAUAGUCAGCUAUAAAAUCACAAGCAUGCACACAGACCUGCUCAAGAGCAAGAAAUUUGGCGUAGUUAUUAUUGAUGAAUCUCACUAUCUAAAGUCGCACAAAGCGCAAUGCACCAUAGCUCUGAGUGGAAUAACGAAGCAGUCACAGCGAGUUGUGCUGCUGAGUGGAACACCCGCAUUGAGCCGGCCAGCGGAGCUCUACACACAGCUGACUCUCAUUGAACCCAAGAUGUUCGGGUCUUACACCGAGUACGGUAAGCGUUACUGCGCCGGCAAGCAGACCGGCUUCGGCUGGGACAUGAGCGGGCAGUCGCACCUGCGCGAGCUGCGGCUCGUGCUGCGCCGCGCGCUGCUGCUGCGUCGCGCGCGGCACCAGGUGCUCGCGCGCUUCCCUCGGAAGACUAGAGAAACAGUGAUUUUAGACCAAAGCCUGCUGCAAUUCACAAAGGAAGCCCGCGACGAAUUGUGUCAAAUGGCGCAGAACUACAAUACGACCAGGAGUUCGGAACGCCACGCCGCUCUCAUCACUUACUUCAGCGAAUCUGCUAAAGUUAAAAUACCUGCUGUUUGUAAAUACCUAAACCAAUUGCUCGACGAAUCGUCCGAAAAGUUCCUGAUUUUUGCCCACCACCGCAACGUAAUAGACGCUAUAUGUCUCACUCUAGACGAGCGCUGUGUCUCUUACAUCUGUAUCGUGGGCUCCACACCCGCCAACACCAGAGCUGACCUAGUGGACAAGUUCCAACACACUCCGUCGUGUCGAUGCGCAGUGCUCUCUAUAACGGCUGCAAAUUCUGGCCUCACGCUCACCGCGGCAGGACUCGUGUUGUUUGCCGAGCUCCAUUGGAACCCCGGAAUCCUGACGCAAGCGGAGUCGCGCGCGCACCGCCUGGGCCGGCGCGGCGCCGUGGUGGCGCGCUACCUGCUGGCGCCCGGCACCGCCGACGACCACAUGUGGCCCAUGCUGCAGGAGAAACUUAACGUUUUGAACGACGUUGGACUAAGCCACGACACAUUUGAAGAUUCCACGACAAAACAUCAGGAAAGCAAAAACAAUAUGACGCAAUUCCUGAGUCCUGUAACCAAAAACAAAAACGAUUACAUACCCGGCACUAAUAUACGGAAAGACUCGAUCAAACCAAACAAACAUAAAGACAAUACGAACGUAACUGAUGAUAAGACUGAUGACGAGAUAAACUUGCUCAACGGUGAUGAAAAAUUGAUUGACGAGUUUUGUGAAAACGGUGAUGAUUCCUUUUUCGAUAAAGAAGGCGAUGAGCUGUUAGCGAACAUUGAUUUAUGAUGAAUUAUCUAUAGAAGCAUUUAUUCUUCUUCAUAGUCGUAUUCCUCAUGGCUGAGGGUCGUGGUUAUUACGUGGAAUGAACAACACUUCAUAGUCGUAUUCCUCAUGGCUGAGGGUCGUGGUUAUUACGUGGAAUGAACAACACUUCAUAGUCGUAUUCCUCAUGGCUGAGGGUCGUGGUUAUUACGUGGAAUGAACAACACACAACAACUUUCUUGGCAUUAUUAAUGGAGUGGUUUGCCAUUGCCUUACCCAUUCCACAAACAAUAAGAAUCAACUAGUGCGCAGGUUUCCUCAUGAUGUUUUCCUUCACCGGUAGCAAGUGGUGAUCGAUGAAAACUACUAUACAUGAGUCAGAUUGGUAUACAAACUCAUGAGGCACGAGUAGGAUUCGAACCUAGGACCUUUCGAUCCACAGGCGGGCGUCUUAACCAUUACACCACCACCGCUUCUGAAGCAUUUAUAUAUACUUAAAAAAUUAUACUUAAUUGUAAAAAAACAAGGCAAAAUUUUUAAAAAUAACCAGCAUUAUCGGUAGCUUUCCUUUUUUGAUAAAAACGUCACCCUACUUUUAAAGCUAAGUCGAGUAAAUAAUUUCGAAAUUAAUAAGUGUACCUAAUAUUUAUAGAUGAAGUGGUCGAUUGUAUGUACCUAUGUGAUAUUAAAAAAAUAAACAGUUUGUUCUAAGUUAA